GAUGCAUACAUAGUCGCCACGGUCCUCCCACAAAGCCGUGCACUUAUCGCUUUGCUUGCUUGCCCUUGUUAGGUUCUGUUUCCAGUAUUCGCCACCACCGGCGUGAUCGCGCGCAUCUUUCAACGCGACCCAAUCGGUGGCGCAAGCCAGGGGCAUCCCGCCCUCGAUUCACCACCGCUGGUGCCUCUUACUUUCGCAAGCCUCGCUCUUGCGCCCGCGGCGACCCUACCUCACAAUCGCCGCGCUGGUCUUCGUUGACCGCUCCCCUUCGCAGCAAUGGCACCCCGACGGUCCAGCCGGAGAUCAUCAGUUCUCCCCAAUGCCGACGACAUGGCGAGUACUACGAACGCCACUCCGAAUGCUUCUUCUGUGCGGAAAAUUUCCCGCCCUGCUGCAAGGCGCACCCGCUCCUUCGUGCCUGAUUCUUCCGACGUUGAAGGCGAAAUCAUCGAGACGGAACAAAAUGCUGCAUCACGCAGCUCGACCCGUCAACUGCUCAAGGCAGUUUCUAUACCACCGACGAAGAUCUCAGACGUAAAAUCCAAGCGUGAGCAUGACAGCUCAACCGGAUCGCCGUCAUUUGAGAAUUCCGACUAUGACACCCCAGGGACUAGCAUCUCUACGACACCAGCGCUCUCGGUCAGUCGCAGUGCAAUGACAACCCGUAAAAGUGGUCUCAAUGCAACUGUAACCGUGGACUUCGAUGCUUCAUCGUCGCGGAAGCGAACGCGCACCAUGGUGAAGGAGUCAGAAGACGAGGAUAACGACAUGGACGCUGAUGCCCAGCUCGCGAUGCAACUGCAGCUAGAGGAAGAUGAACUGGAGCGCAAUCAUGUCAUCUCGGUUGAGUCGUCGGACGACGAGCCACUUGCGAAGCGAAGGGCGAUAACUUCGAAAGGCAAAGGCAAAGCUGUCUGUCAGGAUCCGAUCAGGAUAGACUCGGAGGACGACUCUGCCUCAUGGGCUAUCUCAACACCAGCAUACACUGGAAAGGGCAAGGGCAAGGCACCCGCAACCACACGAGGUCGUUUAGCCCGUGCUAGUGCAAAGGCGGUGAAAACGUUCGGGCUUGACUCUGAUCUGGACGACGAUCCAGACGAUGAAGACGAAUUCAAGCUGCAGGACGAUGAGGAUGCUGCGAAUUCCGUAUUGGAUGACGACGACGUGCUUGGAGAUAUCGCGGACACUGUUAGCGACAGUGAUGAUGCAGAGCUGCCGAAAGUCAGCAAACGGGCCCUCGCUGCCCUUGCGACAGAGGCAAAUCUGGGUAAAAAGCAACGCGGCAAGAAGAACAAGCGCCUGUCGAGGGAAGAGAAAAUGGCUCGCCUUCGCCGUAAUGCGCGAUUCGCUCACAUUGCCGACAAAUGGGAACGCAAGCGUGCGAUGAAUCGCGAACGUGCAGAAGAAUCCCACCCAAAACUGCUCACUAUGUGGAAAGAGCUCGAGCAAGUUCCAAUACUCGAAGUGCAACGAGCCAAACAACCCCAAUCCAUUAGUCGCCGUCUGAAACCUUUCCAGCUUGAAGGCCUCAGCUGGAUGACACGACAAGAGAAGACUGCUUACAAAGGUGGUCUGCUUGGCGAUGAAAUGGGCAUGGGCAAAACGAUCCAAGCUGUCUCGCUCAUCAUGUCAGAUUGGCCACAGAAAGAACCUACGCUGGUCGUUGUUCCUCCUGUAGCUUUGAUGCAGUGGUCUAACGAAAUUGGCGAGUACACAGACGGCAAACUAAAGGUACUCGUUUACCACGGCACCAACGCCAAGUGUAAGAAGAUGACGGUGAAAGACCUGCGGAAGUUCGAUGUUAUCAUGGUGUCGUACAACAGUUUGGAAUCUCUGCAUCGCAAGGAGACCAAGGGCUGGACGCGUGGCGAGGAUAUCAUCAAAGAAGCGUCGCCUCUACAUGCCAUCACUUACCACCGGCUCAUUUUGGACGAAGCCCACAGCAUCAAGUCGCGCACGACUGGUGUUGCGAAGGCUUGCUUUGCGCUCAAAGGCACCUACAAGUGGUGCCUGUCCGGAACACCGGUCCAGAACCGGAUAGGAGAGUUCUUCUCCUUGCUGCGGUUCCUUGAGGUUCGACCCUUCGCCGACUACUUUUGCCGAAGCUGUGACUGCGAGCAGCUACAUUGGACUGUCGACGAAGACCACAUGUGCAAAGCAUGCAAUCACGGAGCUUCUGAGCAUAUUUCCGUCUUCAACCAAGAAUUGCUUAACCCAAUCACCGGUGAUGAUCCAGAGCUCCGUGAGGAUGCCUUGAGUAAGCUGCAUAUGAUCACUGCUCGCAUUAUGUUGCGUCGCAUGAAGCGCGAUCAUACAAACUCGAUGGAAUUGCCCAUGAAGGACAUCGUAAUUCACAACGAGUUUUUCAGUGAAGUCGAACGAGACUUCUCAACAUCCAUCAUGUCGAACUCCGCUCGGAAGUUUGACACUUACGUUGCGCAAGGUGUCAUGCUUAACAACUAUGCUAACAUUUUCGGUCUCAUCAUGCAAAUGCGUCAAGUUGCCAAUCAUCCUGAUUUGCUCUUGAAAAAGAAGGCAGCGGAAGGCAGUCAAAACGUGUACGUGUGCAAUAUUUGCGACGAGCCUGCCGAAGAUGCGGUGCGAUCUCGCUGUCAUCAUGAGUUCUGCCGCGCAUGUGUCAAGGAUUUCAUGGACACUUGCGAGGCUUCCGGCACUGAUGCCGAUUGUCCCCGCUGCCAUAUCGCUCUCUCGAUCGAUUUCGAACAGCCGGAGCUUGAGCAAGACGAGGACUCUGUGAAGAAGACUUCGAUCAUCAAUCGGAUAAAGAUGGAGAACUGGACAUCGUCUACGAAGAUCGAGAUGCUUGUCUAUGAUCUUUACAAGCUCCGAAGCAAGAAACAGACACUAAAAUCAAUCGUGUUCAGCCAGUUCACCUCGAUGCUUCAGUUGAUCGAAUGGCGCCUUCGUCGCGCAGGCUUCAAUACCGUCAUGCUCGAUGGGUCCAUGACGCCCGCUAUGCGCCAGAAGAGCAUCGAACACUUCAUGACCAAUCCUGACGUCGAGGUGUUCUUAGUAUCGCUUAAGGCGGGAGGCGUUGCUCUCAAUUUGACGGAGGCUUCCAGGGUUUUUAUUGUAGAUCCAUGGUGGAACCCUGCAGCCGAAUGGCAGUCUGCGGAUCGUUGUCAUCGCAUUGGACAGAAACGGCCUUGUGUCAUUACUCGACUUUGCAUUGAAGACAGCGUAGAGUCACGUAUGGUUGCUCUUCAAGAAAAGAAGGCAGCGAUGAUUGCUGGGACUGUCAACAAUGAUAAGGUCGCGAUGGACCGCCUGAGUCCAGAAGAUCUGCAGUUCCUUUUCCGCGGCUCUUAAGCAGUUGGUGUGUAGGGGCAUGAUACGCACUGGUGCAACAACAACAACAACAACAAGAACAAAACGACCUAGCAAUACAGUUACGAAAGAUAUGAUACAAGCUGGACUGGGCGUUAGGGAUGGGUUACCAAAGGGCGACGACUUGAACCGAUCAUUGCUCGCAUUGCACUGAAAGCCUUCACAUGACUUGCUCAUAAGCGGCGUUACACAUCAGGCGUUGUGCAUGUGUGCACAGAGAUGUCUUUACCGGUGGUUGUACGGCGCUUGGAUAUUAGUGAAUAGUGAACAUUAUAGUCAUGUAUCCGUUGCACGUU